AUGUCGGCAGUUUUAUCUAAGAGAGCUAGGAGUGUAAAGUUUAAAAGAUUGACCAAGCUAGAAUCCAAUUGCCUCCAUACGAAGAGAUGUCCGGAAUCAUCCACGCUAAAAUUGCAAGAUUUUACAAAACAUCUCCAUGCCAUAAAUACAAACACCUUCAAACCUUUGUCAUUAGAUUACGGAGCAAACCAGCUCCAUUCGGGUCUUCGAGAUGGAUCAGAUGUGGAUAAGCUGUUACGUAAAUUACUAGAGAGAUUUAAAAAUGUAAACUUUGCCUUCGGCUAUGGUUCAAAAGUUUUCCCACAAGGUAAAGAUGUUGAUGUUUCCAACUCACAGAUCGACAUGAUAUUGGCUGUUCGUGAUCCUGUAUCCUGGCAUGAGUACAACAUAUUGAAAAAUGGUGCCGAUUAUUCAUCUUUGAAAUAUUUAGGGCCACGAGCUGUUAGUUAUGUUGGAAAAUUAGGUGCUGGGGUUUACUUCAAUCCAUUUGUUAAUGUGACCGUUGACGGUGUUCCCCUGGAAUUGAAGUAUGGCGUCACAUCCAAGGAGUCGAUUGUUGAUGAUUUAACAAAUUGGAGUACCAUGUACCUGGCAGGCCGGUUGCAUAAGCCAGUUGCAAUAUUAGAGAAGGAUCCAAUGCUGAUUCUCCUAAACCAAUACAGUCUCACCAGUGCUUUUAGUUUGUCAUUGCUUCUGCUACACACUGUUGAGAAUCACAGUGUGGACGAAUUUGAGAUAUUUCUGAAAAUUGCUGGCCUGUCAUACAUGGGGGAUCCUAGGUUAAAAGUUAACGGUGAAAACCCAAAUAAAGUCAGGAACAUAGUAGAGAACCAGUAUGGGCUCUUUCGAGAAUUAUACAGGCCAAUUAUGACCAAUAUGGUUGAAUCUAGAUCAUCAAAAUCUUCCACGUUUAAAACCAAAGUAGAGAAGGAGCAACUAGCUGAAAUAAUCAUGAGCCUUCCACGAGGGUUUCGUUCAAAGAUAUUCCAACAUUAUUCUAAAAUUUCCCAAACAGACCCAAUUUCAAAUGAUAUAAUACUCAACCCAACUGUGAAAGGAAUAGAAGAUACAAAUGGCAGACAGAGAUUAUCAUAUGAAGAACUAAGCAAUACUACUCUGGACAUCAGCAAAAUAUCGAAUAAAGAUUGGGAGUAUUUACCCAUCAAAUAUAAACUGACAAGUUCACCAUUCCUACAAGCAAUGGUGAAUGAAUUUUAUGGAAACCCGACAAGGUUACAAAACAUAAUAAUAAAAUGUAUAGAAGAAACUGUCGGUAGUAGUGCCCUUGUGCAAUCUGUGAAAGGCAUACUAACAGCUGGGGUUGCCCGUAGCUUCAAAUAUGCCAUGGCCAAACGUGCCAAAUAUAAACAAUCGACAAAGAAAAGCGUUUAA